AUGGAGUCUCUACUGGAGCUGCUAGCUCCGCAUCUCGAGACGCCGACUCACGAUGCCACCACAUCUCGCUACCUCAAUCGCCUGUCGACCCUGUCCCUCCAGACCCUCCAAUCCACCGAACCCCAGUCGCUCGCGCAAUCCUCCCAUUCGACCCUUCUCUCCCUCCAAGCAUUGUCCAACCGCUCGCACCGGGCCUUUAUUACAUCUGCCGAUAAUUUGUCUUCUCUCCGCACAUCCAUCCCUGGAGUAACCCGCGAGGCAGAGCAACUCCGCAAUGCUCUCCCUAAGCUCGACGAGGAGACGGUUGAGUUCUCCACUAAAUACAGCAAGAUCACCGACAAUGCGGCGUUGGAGCGGCGAAAGAAAGCCAUGCAACUGGCGCGCAAUGUUGACAGACUGUCCGAUAUUUUGGAACUCCCGAAUCUGCUGUCGACAGCCGUGUCUGCCGCUUCCGCGAGCUCAGGCACCACGGGGACGACCUCUACGACCUACUCGUCUGCACUCGACCUUCAUGCACAUAUCAAGCGACUCCAGACCUUAUACCCCGAUUCACCGUUAAUCAAGGAUGUGGCAUCACAAGCGGAAGAUGCGAUGAAAGAGAUGACAAGUAAUCUGAUCGUGGGACUCCGAUCCCAGAACUUGCGGCUCGCAGCUGGCAUGCGAACCGUCGGCUGGCUCCGACGGGUGGCCCCAGACAUGGAAACUCUGCAGAGUGAUGGCGCGGCCGGGUCAGGCGAAGGAGCAUUGGGGGCAAUCUUUUUGAUCUGCCGAUUGGCACACCUGGUGUCAACCCUGGAGGCAUUGGAACCGCUCCGCGAGCUUGCCGACCAAGAGACGCAGCGCAGAACUGGUGGCAAGAGCAAAUCCGACAACACAUGGUCGGAUGGUCAGCAGACGGACCGUUAUCUGAAGCGGUACAUUGAGAUUUUCCGCGAGCAAAGCUUUGCCAUUGUCUCAUUAUAUAAGAACAUCUUUACCUCCGAGCAAUCGGAGUCGGAACUUGCCAUUUCUGGACUACGGGGAGCAGAUGCAAGUGCCAAGGCAAAAUCACGCCCAUCCCGUCCGGAUGAUCCUCUACAAUGUUUGCCUUCGGCUCUGGCGACAUUCCCGAUGCAUCUUGUGCAGCUGCUCACAGACACCAUGCGCGCCUAUCUGCCCAAUGUUGGGGAUCGAAGCUCACGAGAAAGUCUGCUCACUCAACUGCUGUACUGCGCCGCCAGCUUAGGUCGUCUGGGGGGUGACUUUGGCAUGAUUUUGACUGAGCUGAGUGGGGAUGAGGAGGAUAUUGGCUAUGAGUGGGAAGAGGUGAUGCGCAAGCACCGGGCGUUGGCCGGACGACUAGAGCAAUUGACGAGCCGAGUGGCAGCGCACUAA